AUGCUGAUGGUGGAUAGUGGAAACGAAAGCGCAGACCGGCUGGAUUCGCUGUUUUCGGACAAGGUAACAACCAUAUUUCAGCAACCCAAUCACUCUGAUUCCGAAACCGAAAGUGAUGUUUACUCUAAAGUGAACGAGUUCGAGGUAGUGUUUGAAGACCCGAAGGAUAAGGACCACCAGAAGAAGAGUCCGCCCACUAUCAGCGAAAGAGCACGGGACCGAAGAGUACUGACUAGUGACAACAGCACAGAUUCGUACACAUCUUCCAUAGCCACAAGUAACGUCUCAACACAUGACGAGGAAGUACGCUCCAAUCAGAAGGUGACCCAGAUAAAUACGUGCAAAAUCUUGCAGCGUAAAUUGGAGUUGAAAGUAGAGAGAGCAAAGCGCAAUUAUCGGCAGAUGUACGAGGAGCAGGAAUUUAAUCAAGACAACCAAAUUCAUAAAACAGCAACGUUGAUUCCGAUCAACCGUUUGGCGAUUCCCGGAGGAACUGUUCGUGACAAUCAACAGCCCCUGGUUGACGUUGAAUCUACGGUACCGGGUAGCGAUGAAGACGAACUGGAAGCGGUGACAUUCUUCCCACGAGCCGCAAAGAAGUCAAUCGGUUCCGCACAGCACAAACGACAGGAACUGUCCGAUACGUUCAGCAUACAGGAGAUGACAAUCGAGUCCGACCAGGAGGAUGAGCUGGACUACGAGCAGUGCCGAAAAUUGUCGAACAGCAAAGGGUACAAAAAGAUUCUAAAUCGAGGCUUGAAGGGCGACGGUGACUAUUUGGAUAACGAGAUAGGGGAUUACGAGGAUGAAGACGAUGACGAUUCGCAGAACCUGGAGCUGCUGCCGCCGAAGACGAGUUACGGGUUGCGGGAGUGGGCUCAGCGUGCUAUGUGUUGCUUCAGGAGGAAUGAACUGUUGUCAUGA